AUGUCCAUUCCAAACCGUCAACACGUAGGCACGCCCGACGCUGGUCCAGGAGAAACAGCAGCACUCGACCACCACAAAACAGAUCUUGUUAUGCAAGGCUUCAACUGUCUGUCCGCGCAUCAGUUUCACUGGCCUAGUUCGAUUCCUAGUGAUAUCCCAACAGAUAUUUCUAUCGAGCGACUGCGGUCGAAGAGAGACAUCCACGAUCACCUGCACUCGACUCUUCUACCUCAACUGAAACAUCAACUCCGAAUUAUCUCAGAAGCUUUGGACAACCCGGCCGACUUGCGGAAAGAACCGUGCUCAAAACUCCAAUUAAUUUUAGAUACGCAACACACUCUUCAUCGGACUUUGGAUCAAAUCAUUCGUGCUGUUGAUGAGAUCAUUCCCGGAAUCGUACCUGAACCAAUCCAAACUAACGACCAGCACUUCCAAGAGCUCAAGUGCUAUAGACUGCACGGCCUGGAUGAGGCUAUCCGAAGUAGAUUAAGGAUUGACCUCAUCAAUUAUUUCGAUACGUCUUCUUCUAUCAUUGAAAAAAUCAAGCUCUCAAAGAAUAAGCACCCAGGCAGGAUAAAUUACAAUUCUAUCGUUGUAAACCGUUCAAUCGAUCUAGCUAUAAAGUGGUUAAAAGGGUCUGAAUUACACAUUAUCCCAAAUCUUUGGGUCGACGCAACGCAAAAUAUUUAUAGCGCAUACUCGGAGUAUUUCAACAUGUUCCGGCCUCACCUCGAACCUAUGAUGAGUCAGCCAGCCACGCAGCUUAGCAGAUCAGUAUUACCAAUUAUCAAACUAUCAAAGCUGUUUUUCGACAAACUAGAAAGAGAGGCAAAACGACAGAAACAGGCACCAUUAUUUACAGAAAUGUCUUCUCAUCAACUGAAUUUCUUACAUCAAUCAGCAGAAGAACUGGGAGACGCUGUUAUGAAUCUCAUAUUUGAUUUGGAAGAUGCCGAUACACAUCCACCAGCCGAUACUAGUUCAUAUCUCAUUCGCAACAUCGGAAUGCUCUCAAAGCUUUUCCAACCUUACGUCCAUCUCGCAGAGCUUUAUAUAGCUGCUUUAUUCCCCGACAUCAAUGGUUUGUCUUCACAGACUUAUUUCAGAUCUUGGUUUGUCAGUUGGAACACUAUGUUCCUCACCGCUAGUCAUAAUGCUAUCCAAGCUGCUAACGCUUUCGCACAAAAUGAUUGA